AUGGUGGAGAAGGCGCCCGAAGAGAAUGUAGAUAUCGCGUUCAAGGCGAUCGGUGGAGGCGUAUCACUCCUGUCGCCUGGCGCGAAGGCUAGUUCUGAUUAUCAUCCAGCGCGGGUGCUUUCAGUGUCCAAUCGGUUCGGCCUGACGUUCUUCGCCACGCCAGCAGGUUUUGGAGUCGUGACGGCAGACGUUUUGGAGCUCUCGAGCGGACCCAAGCCUGCUUCUGCGAGUGAGAAAUGCUUAGCGAGCGUGGAACUGGAGAAAGUCUCGAUUGUGGAGCUUUCAAAGGACGAGCUCACGCUUGCUGUGUGUGCCGGCUUCGCUGUUCGAUUCUACCGAGUCCCUUCUCUGGCACUCAAGACCGACACUAGACGGUUCGAGAUCCGCGACAUCGGCGACGAUGCUUUGAUCAAGGAUUUUCAGUGGUGUAGUUUAGACCAAGACAAAAACAAAGGAAAGCUUCUCGUCGGAAAAAUCGGAGAAGAGCCUACAUUUAUGAAGGAAAAUGUUUCUGCUGCUUGUUGGAGUCAGUUUGGCAAGCAGAUCAUGUAUGCAACAAGCAUGAAGCUAACGAUUGCGUCGUCUGAUUUUGCCAAGAGUUUUAUCAUAAAUCCACGAGUAGAAUUUCCUGGGUGCGAGGAAGGACUGGAAACUCAUGUUGAUGCUUUACGCUGGAUUUCGCCACAAAGCAUUGUAAUUAGCUAUGUCCAGUCGGAGGACGAUGAAGAAAUUACCUGUCCGCUGCUUGUGCUUUCAGCGUCUGGUAGGCAACAACUAGAUGAGGCAAGCACGGAGUGUUCUGCUUUAGCGGUUACUCGAAGAUUUCCUGCGAUUGAAGCUAGUAUUAUUCCACCCAUGAACAGUCCGUAUAUGCUUGUAUAGAACCUAGAACCAUGGAAAAUCGUGUUGACAACUUGUAGAAGGUCCAUCGACGCACAUGUUGGCCUUCUAGGCUGGCGGUCCGAAGGUGUUUGCUUUGUCAGA